AUGGCGAAUAAAGAGUUCAAAGUCCCGCCGGUGGCUUUCCCAUCCGCCGGAAACCCCGGCGGUGCGGCCCCGAACCUCCAGCAGCGGCGCAUGCCCACGCCUCCUUUUCAACCGAACUCCGGCAUCCCCUUCAUGUCCUUCGACAUAGGCUCCGCCGCGGCGUCCACCUCCUCAGGUCCAAUCUACACCGGCCCCGUCGUGGGCGUCGGUGGCUCUGCCAACUUCGACGACGAGGAGCCCCUUCUCGACGAGCUCGGGAUCCACCCGGAGCAAAUCUGGAGCAAAAUCAGAUCCGUUUUGAAUCCAUUUCGCGUCAACCACACGGUUCACAAAGAUUCGGAUCUAUCAGGCCCAAUCCUCCUUUACAUGUCCUUUUGCCUCUUCCAAUUGCUCGCAGGAAAGAUCCAAUUCGGCGUGAUCUUGGGCUGGAUCGUGGUCUCUUCCAUUUUCCUUUACGUCGUUUUCAACAUGCUAGCCGGUCGAACCGGUAACCUCGACCUACACACCUGUACCAGCGUCGUCGGUUACUGCAUGUUGCCGGUGGUAAUUUUCUCCGCGCUUUCGCUCUUCUUACCGGUCGAUGGGGUCAUUCGCCUUUCGGUCGCUGCGAUUUUCGUGUUGUGGGCCACGAGGGCUUCCACUGGUCUCGUCGUUUCGCUCGCUGAUGGCGGUGAUGAACAUCGAGGACUGAUUGCGUACGCGUCCUUCUUGAUUUACACUCUGUUUUCGUUGCUUGUCAUAUUCUAG